AUGUGUGCGGGAGCAGACGUUGUCCGAGAGAUCAUGCUAGCUGCUCAUCGACGGAGGCUCACUAACGGGAGCUACAUCUUCUUCAACAUCGAACUCUUCAACUCCACGUCUUAUGGUAACACUACUCAUCAACACAACGUUCCCAGCCCUACAUAUACAAAAACAUAUAUAUAUAUAUAAACAACAUGUAAAGUGUUGGUCCCGUGUUUCAUGAGCUGAAAUAAAAGAUCCCAGAAAUGUUCCAUACGCACAAAAACCUAAUUUGUUUACAUCGCUGUCAGUGAGCAUUUCUCAUCAGCACAACGGUCCCAGUGAUAUAUACAGGGAUGGCAUGGUAACACUACCCUACAUAUAUACAGUGAUGGCAUGGUAACACUACCCUACAUAUAUACAGUGAUGGCAUGGUAACACUACCCUACAUAUAUACAGUGAUGGCAUGGUAACACUGCCCUACAUAUAUACAGGGAUGGCAUGGUAACACUACCCUACAUAUAUACAGUGAUGGCAUGGUAACACUACCCUACAUAUAUACAGUGAUGGCAUGGUAACACUGCCCUACAUAUAUACAGUGAUGGCAUGGUAACACUACCCUACAUAUAUACAGUGAUGGCAUGGUAACACUACCCUACAUAUAUACAGUGAUGGCAUGGUAACACUACCCUACAUAUAUACAGUGAUGGCAUGGUAACACUACCCUACAUAUAUACAGUGAUGGCAUGGUAACACUACCCUACAUAUAUACAGUGAUGGCAUGGUAACACUGCCUACCUACAUAUAUACAGUGAUGGGGAUGGUAACAACUACCCUACAUAUAUACAGUGAUGGGCAGGGUAAACACUACCCUACAUUACUGAGCAUGGUAACCCUACCCCACUAUAUCAGUGAUGGCAUGGGUAACACUAUCCCUACAUAUAUACAGUGAUGGCCAUGGUCAACCCUGCCCUACAUAUAUACAGGGAUGUGGCAUUGUAACACUUACCCCUACAUUAUAACAGUGAUGGGCAUGGUAACACUACCCUACAAUAUAUACAGUGAUGGCAUGGUAACGACUUACCCUAACAUAUAUAAGUGAUGGCAUGGGUAACACUGCCCUACAUAUAUACAGUGAUGGCAUGGUAACACUGGCCCCUAACAUACUAUACAGUGAUGGCAUUGGUAAAACUAACCCUACAUAUAUAACAGUGAUGGCAUGGUAAACAACGACCCUACAUUAUACAGGGAUUGGCAUGUGUUAACACUACCAUCGACGUAGAUACCAGUGAUUGGCAUGGUAACACUACCCUACAUAUAUACAGUGAUGGCAUGGUAACACUACCCUACAUAUAUACAGUGAUGGCAUGGUAACACUACCCUACAUAUAUACAGUGAUGGCAUGGUAACACUGCCCUACAUAUAUACAGUGAUGGCAUGGUAACAUUGCCCUACAUAUAUACAGUGAUGGCAUGGUAACACUACCCUACAUAUAUACAGUGAUGGCAUGGUAACACUACCCUACAUAUAUACAGUGAUGGCAUGGUAACACUACCCUACGUAUAUACAGUGAUGGCGAGGUGGCAGGUAGCCUAGCGGUUCGAGCGUUGGGCCAGUAACCAAAAGGUUGCUGCUUCAAAUACCUGAGCCGACAAGGUGAAAAAUAUGUCGACGUGCCAUUAUGCAAGGCACUUAACCCUGAUUUCCUCCAGGGGUGCUGUGCUACCAUGGCUGACCCUGUAAAACAACACAUUUCCCUAGACCUAUCUGGUGUACGUGAGAAUAAAACAUAUACUUUUUUUCUAAUCAGCCUUACACAUAUAUACUGUAUAGAUACAUGAUGAUGACUUCUGCUAAUAUACUCCCUGUUGUCUCUCUGUUUCUGAUCAGACGACACACUCCCAAACAUUAAAGCAGAACUGCUAUGUUACUCCAACCCAGCACUAAAACAGCUGAUUCAACUAAUCAAUAAGUCAUCAAGAGAUGACCCAUGAGGUUUUAAUACUAGGCUGGAUCAAAGGCCUGCACACCAUAUAAAUCUCCAGGUCCAGGGCUGCACUGCAUGGUGACAGACAGAAACAUUUCAACGUGUCAACAAUUUCACCACUUUUUUUUCUCUCUCUCUCCUCGUAUGGUUUCCCAGGCAAUGGCUCGUGGAAGCGAGGGGAUAAGUACGACAGUGAGGCGCGGCAGGCGUACUCUGCCCUCAACAUGGUCACGCUGCUCCGGACGGUCAAACCAGAGUUUGAGAACUUCUCCCUAGAGGUCAAG